AUGCGGCCGCAUCCUGGACGCAUCGGGCUGCAAGGCUCGGUCAUAGCAUUCGUCAUCUUCUGGGUCUGCAGAGUAUCGGCAGCAGCAUGUGCUUGCGGCUACCAAGUUGGCAGCGCAAACGGCGACAAUUGGCUCUUCACCGAGGCCAUCGAAACGGAUUUCACCAAGCUGAAAUCCAUCACCGCAGCUAAAGACUGGCGGCGACAAGAGUUUAACGUCUCUGCAGAAGCAGGACGCGGAAGAUACUCCAAGCUUUUCACGCCGAAAAACGUUAUUGUUGGAUCAGGCGCAGCAAACAAAGGCGCUUCUGGAAAGCAGGCUGGUGUGGAGCUGUCGGUUGGUGCCACCAUUGUCAACGAUGCCGUGUCCGUCGCCGAGAUGGAUAGUGCUCGUCGGGAUCUGCUCUGGGGCUCGUUUAGAGCAGGCAUGAAGCUGACACCUGUAAAAGGCACAUGCGCAGCCUUCUUCUGGUAUUUCAACGACACCCAAGAGAUCGACAUGGAAUUUUUGUCCACGGAAUAUCACUCGGAGAACAGCACGUUUCCGGUAAAUCUCGUGAUACAAUCCAAAGAUUCGGCUGCGAGGGGCUAUGAUGCCAGCGGUACUUCGACAUACAAGACGGUAAAUCUCGAUUUUGACCCGACUGCAGCGUUCCACGAAUAUCGAUUCGAUUACUUGCCAGGUAAAGUAUCCUUUUACGCAGACAGCAAGUUGUUGGCACAGAUGGAUGGAGUCAGCAUCCCGGACAGCGCAGGGCAUCUCAUCCUCCAACACUGGAGCAACGGCAACGCAAAGUGGUCGGGUGGACCACCGCAGGAGGAUGCCACGAUUAUUGUCAGCUACGUCAAGGCAUACUUCAACUCGUCAGACAUCAGACGAGAGCAUGAUUGGCAUGCGCGCGACUUUUGGGAUGAGAUGGUGCCUGCUACGGGCUACCUGUCACUUGUGCGGGACAAGCAGGACAACACGAGGGAAACUAGCUUUCGGAAUCUUCUCCCGCUCCCGCAGCUUCCGUCGUCUGAAUCCCGAGAAGAAAACGCCGCCAAAGGCAAGCAACAUCGGAACCAGCAAACGAUAUAUAGCAAAUCGCACCCCGUCAUCAUGUCUGGAACCUUGCAGAUUGUGCUGCGCAACAGCACCAACGCGGGCGCUCUGUACGCGCACAUCACCGGCACCUCGGACGACGGGCUCUUUGUGCUGUCGGCCGACGGCCAGACGGCGUACCACCCGGCCAGUCCCACGCAGACGCUCGCGCCGCUCGGCGCCGACUGCGCCAUCAGCGUGGGCAGCCCGGGCACCUCGCGCACCGUCACCAUCCCGUACGUCUCGGGCGGCCGCGUCUGGUUCUCCAAGGACAAGCCGCUGACCUUCUUCGUCAACCCGGGCCCCGCGCUCGUCGAGCCGUCGGCGCUCAACGCCGCCGACGCAAACUACGACCUCGACUGGGGCUUCGCCGAGUUCACCUUUAACCGCAGCCAGCUCUACGUCAACGUGUCCUACGUCGACUUUGUCAGCCUGCCCGUGAGCCUGCGCCUCGAAAACGCCGGCGGCAGCGUCACCAGCGUCGCCGGCCUGCCCGCCGACGGCCUGGAAAAGGUCUGCGCGGGGCUCGCCGAGCAGGGCGCCAAGGACGGCGCCGGCUGGGACAAGCUCGUCGUCAAGUCGUCGGCGGGCCAGCUGCUGCGCGCGCUGAGCCCCAACUCGGGCGCCGUCAUGAUCCCGGGCUUCCUGCAGGGCUACUACGACGACUACGUCAACGCCGUGUGGCAAAAGUACACGAGCGAGGACCUCACCGUCAACACGCAGUUCACGUGGGGCGACGUCAAGGGCCGCGUCAACGCCGCCGGGCAGCUCGACUUUGGCGCCGGCGGCACGUUUGGCAAGCCCUCGGCCGGCGACAUCUUCUCGUGCAACUCGGGCCCCUUUGCGCACGGUGAAGGCGCGACGGACGAGUCGCUCAACAUUGGCGCGCGCCUCGCCGCCGCGCUCAACCGCUCCACGCUGCUCAUCAACAACAACCAGCCCGAGGGCGAGGACGUGGCCAAGUACUACCAGAACGCCGUGACGAACCACUACGCGCGCGUCUGCCACGCGACGGCGGUCGAGGGCCGCGGGUACGCCUUCCCCUACGAUGAUGUCGGCGCGAGCAAGGGCGUGGAUCAGUCUGGCUUCCUGAAUGAUCCGAAUCCCAAGACGUUGACGAUUGGUGUCGGUGCGCCGCUUGAGUAA